AUGGCAAAUAAAUAUAUGAAAAAAUGUUCGACAUCAUUGCUGCCAACAUUACAGGGAUGCACAUUUUUCACAAAAGUGGUGGCCGUGGGCAGUGUGGCUCUGAAGCUUGUGACCUGGGACACGGCCGGCCAGGAGAAAUACCGCAGCUUGUGCCCCCUCUUCUUCCGGGGCACCCAGGCCGCUCUGCUGGUGUAUGACAUCGCCAGCAAGGAGGCCUUCCUCAAGGUCCAGCAGGGCCUCGAGGGCCUGGAGAAGGAGCUGCAGUCUGGAGAGGUCAUGGUGGCGCUGGUGGGCAACACGGUGGACCUCGAGGAGCAGCGGGAGGUGACGCUCCAGACGCCUGCCCUGCUGCUCCUGCCCCGAGCCCCGUGGCUCUGGAUCCCAUCGCCGUGGGCAGCGAGUCACGUGGGCGGGACGGAACCUGAGGCCCGCGUGGCUCUGCGCAAUGUCGCGCUGGAGCGAGUGCUGCGGACCCGCCUGAGUGCAGCACCGGGCCGACCUGCAGCGCAGGAGGCUCUCAGGCCACGGCCGGAGCACGCACUCUGCGUCCUGGGCCACACGCUGCCCCACGGCCUCCCCUAG